GGCCACCGCUCAGCGCUCAGCGUUCAACGUCCAACCGCCACGACGUCCUCCUCCACGAAACGCGCAUGCCGCGACUGUCAUUUACGUGCCACUCCCUCUGAAUGCUCAGAGCCUGUCUCCAUAGUCUCUGAUAACGUCGGUCGCUAGCAACUUGAAGCAACACUGAUGGCACCCUUCACGCCCACCCUUCGCGAAACCUGCCUACUCGCCGUACUGCUGGUCUUGCUCCUCGUCUUCACCGCAAAUCUUCCGCAAGAAACGAGGACCUUUCACGACAUAGUCCGGCCGUAUACAGUGUACGAGGAUGCCGGGAUCGACGCAGAGCCUCCAACCCUCGAGAAGCAGUACACGUUGCAGACACUGAACUUGCCCCUGCGAUGGGAUGCUGGCACCGUCCCCCAAACAAAGAUUGUUGCCCAUGCUCCCGGCUGGACCAUCUUCGAUAGACUGUACAUGUUGAAUGGCACUGUCUACAUCGUGUCCGAUGCACCCGAAAUGAUACCUGACCGUCGACGGAUAUCCUCGACCGCCGUGUUCAUCGAGAAUGGCCCCAUCGCGGAAGCCGAGCGUAUUCCAACCGACAGGGACAUGCGCGUCGUCAGCACUGAAGAAGCCAGGCGACUCUUCGGCACGGACGCAGCACGAUUGGAGGGCGUGACGUGGUACGCUAAUGACCCGAAGCAAUUUAUCACCCAUUACUACCAUUGGUCUGCCGAACUCUUCUUCGGUUUCUGGCGGACAUACUCGUCGUUGGACCCGAGCAUUCCCCCGACCGGCGUGACGACUCUUCCGGCCCCAAGGCGAAUGCUUUUCCCGCAUAUAGAUGCCAACAACUGGAGGGACUAUGCCGCGAUGAACCAAUGGGUCCUCCGAGCGUCCUUCCCGUCUAUCUCGACAGAGUUCAUGAACGACUUCAAGGAACGCGCCGACAUGGGCCGCGUGUUCUUCUUCGAUCGCGUCGUGUUCGCCGACCGUGCUGCGGCUAUGCACGGAGAGAACUUUCUCCGGACACAGCGUACCGCCUCGAACGCCUUCGCACUCCCAGGGAGUGUCAACUGGUGGAGCACUAUCCGUAACAACGUGGUUGGCUUCGCUGGUCUCGGGGAGAGCGGCGGAGCGGAGUCCGUCCAGGGUGUAGACAGUGUCCCGGUCAUCACCUACAUCUCCCGACAAGACUGGGGGCGUCGUAUGCUGAUUCCCGAGGAUCAUGACCGGCUUGUCCAGGAGCUGCACACCUUGAGGGAUACGUACGGCUACGAAGUUAACGUCGUGAGCAUGGAUCUUUUAUCACGCAUCGAGCAGUUCCAGCUUGCUGGUCGGACAACCAUCAUGAUGGGUGUCCACGGUAAUGGUCUAACAUCGCUGCUCUGGAUGCGUCCGACACCGCGUUCGACCGUCAUGGAAUUUUUCUUCCCGGAAGGUUUCGCGCAAGAUUACGAGUACACGACGCGUGCCCUCGGGAUGGUCCACUACGGCUUCUGGAACGACAAGGCAUUCACGCGUCCCGAUGUGCCUCCGGUCAACUACCCUGAAGGUUUCCAAGGCAAUUCAAUUCCUAUUGACGGUGCUGCAGUCGCCCGGUUGUGUCAUCAGCGACUGACGCUGUCAGACGAGGCUGAUGACUAGAGGGCGUUCACUGCACGUUUCUUAGGUGUGGGCGUCAUGUCUCUCGCAGACAACCCUUUUCUCGUCGAGGACGCCACAUAGGCCCAUAGUGUCGUCAUAUUCACUCGUGAGAAUACUAUCUUACAGCUACUCCUUGCCCUCCAAUGGCGGGGUCCUAUCAUAGCGAAUAUUUUUGCUAGAGAUGAUAUCGGGCAUUAACUUAUUGGCUUUCUGGUUCAGACAGCGAGACGUACCCGGAAACUGGCCCCCUUCCACU